AUGGCGCAAAUCAAAAGACAAUCCGUGGUUCGUGCAUGGAGAGAGAAGCCAACGCAACAAGACCUUCUAAUACAUCUAGUCCAGAAUUAUGCGGCGAAAGUCAACUGUAUCCUCCUGGAAAACUCACAAGCCCUCUUUAUCCCCUUUCAUACCCUCACUACAUGGAUUGCAGUUGGACCAUUUCCAGCACCAAUGGAAGAAAAAUUUUACUACAGUUUACUUCAUUCUUGCUGGAAGGUAGUUUACAGUUGUGGAUUUGACUAUUUGGAAGUUUAUAAUGGAGAUUCAGCAAAUACGACGAAACUGGGCAGAUUCUGUGGAAACCAAUUACCAAGAAGCCUGGUAUCAUCUGGACUCAAACUCUUCAUCGUGUUUCACUCGGAUUAUAGCGUGUCAGCACCGGGAUUUGUUCUGAACUAUUCAACACCAUUAGAUGUAAAUGAAUGUUACUUUGGAACACACAACUGCGCUAUUGGAGCGUCAUGUGUCAAUACGAAUGAAUCGUUUUACUGCAUUUGUGAAAACGGUUAUACCGGAGAUGGCGUAACCUGCACAGAUAUCAAUGAAUGUGAACUUGGAAUUGAUAACUGUCAUUCUCAAGCAUCAUGUCGCAAUACCAAUGGGUCGUUCGACUGUUCUUGCAACUUUGGCUUUAGUGGAGAUGGAAUAGCAUGCAACGCGACAAGACCUUCUAAUACAUCUAAUCCAGGCACCAUUCCACCCACUACUAAUCCAGGCAACGCGACAAGAUCUUCUAAUACAUCUAAUCCAGAUACAACGCCUUCUUAUAUAUCAAGUCCAGGCACCAUUCCACCCACUACUAAUCCAGGCAACGCGACAAGAUCUUCUAAUACAUCUAAUCCAGAUACGACGCCUUCUUAUACAUCAAGU